AUGGCCGUCAACGCUACCGUCCUGUACCCCGCCGAGGAGGGCGCCACCUUUGACAUGAACUACUACCUGAAGACGCACAUGCCGCUGGUCAGCGAGAAAUGGGGCAAGUACGGCCUGCAGGGGUGGAAGGUGAUCCAAUUCCAAGCCGCGCCGGACGGGACCAAGCCCUACAGCGUCUCGGCCCUGUUGACCUGGGAGACGGCCGACGGGCUCAAGAAGGCGCUCAGCAGCGAGGAGGCCCAGACCGUGUUUGGCGACGUGCCCAACUUCAGCAACAAGUCCCCGCUCUUCAUCGCGGGUGACAUUGUUGGUUCUUCGUGA